CUCCCUAUUGUGACAAAACCCAAAACAAUUUCUAACCAAAAAAACAAUCCAACCACACACCAAUUUAUCCAAACUUUCCUAUGCUCAUUUCCCCUUCAAUAAGCCCACCAUAUCUCACUCCCUCCACACUUCCCAUUUCCCCUAAACCUAAAAUAUAGAACAAAAAAACCAUGAAUGACACAGUAGACAAACUAGUGAUCUUCUUGGCCAAAAGAGAUGGCAUAGACAAGCUUGUCAAGACCUUCCAAUAUGUCUCCAAACUCCUCCACUGGCAUGUCCAAACCACCCACCCUGCCGCCGCCGCGCGCGCCAAGAACUGGGAGCUCGCCUCCGGCAUCAGCCGCAAGGCCUUCCGCUCCGGCCGCUUCCUCACGGGCUUCAACGCCCUGAGGAGAUCUCCCGGCCCGUUUCCCGCCCUCGCCGUGCUCUCCAACGCCGGAGAAAUGGUCUACUUCUUUUUCGACCACUUCCUCUGGCUCGCAAGAAUCGGCGUUCUCGACGCCAAACUCGCCAAGACGAUGAGCUUCAUAUCAGCGUUCGGCGAGGCGUUCGGGUAUGUUUUUUUCGUCGCGAUCGAUUGGAUUGUGAUUAGGGAAGGGGUUAGGGAAGAAAGAAGGAUUGUUGGGGGAGAAGGGAUAGAUGAUGAGGGGAGGUUGAAGUUGAAGAAGAUAAGGGUGGAUAGAGUUAUGAGAGUGAUGGCUAUGGCUGCCAAUUUGGCUGAUUUGAUAAUUGCAUUGGCUGAGAUUGAGCCUAACCCCUUUUGUUGCCAUGCAAUUACACUUGGGAUAUGUGGUUUGGUUUCUGCUUGGGCUGGUUGGUAUAGAAAUUGGCCAUCAUAAAGAUUGAAUUUUUUUUUUUUUUUUUUUUUUUGCAUUUUGUUAUCUUCAUGUUAUAUAUAUAUCAUGUGUUUUUGGUUGAAUGUUUGGAUGUUUUACUGAUAAUUCACUUGUUUGUAAGUUGAAAUGGUACAGGAAAUAGAUAUGUGGGUUGUGG